UUUUUUUCCCACCCUGUCUCAGGAUAGCAGGCGCUUACUAUGACAACGGAGACGGGAUCGGAGUCGGAGGUGAAGAACGCGGCGGAAGAGCCUCCUCAGCAGAAGGGGGCGACAAUGAGCUCACAGGACACUGCAAAUGCUGAUGGCAAGAAGGCCAAGCAGGAUCAUGACGCCAAACAUCUGGAUGACAAAGACCACCGGGAUGCAGAUGAAGCCUCGGAGAAAACAACUCCCAGCAAAGCCCCCAAAUCCCCUCAGAAGACCUCCAAAAGGCCCAAAACUGUUCUCUUCAAGGUGACUCUGCUCGACAGCUCCGAGUAUGAAGACGAGAUUGAGAAACACUCUCGUGGACAGGUCCUUCUUGACCUGGUGUGUGAGCAUCUCAACCUGCUGGAGAAGGACUACUUUGGCCUGACGUUUUGCGAUACUGACAGCCAAAAGAACUGGCUGGACCCCUCCAAAGAGAUCAAGAAACAGAUCCGCACUGGCCCUUGGCACUUCAACUUUGCUGUGAAGUUCUACCCCCCUGACCCCUCUCAGCUGACCGAGGACAUUACCAGGUACUACCUGUGCCUGCAGCUGAGGGAUGACAUCCUGUCCGGCCGGCUGCCCUGUUCCUUUGUCACCCAUGCCCUCCUGGGCUCCUACGCCGUGCAGGCCGAGCUGGGGGACUACGACCCAGAGGAGCACGGCACCGACUACGCCAGCGAGUUUCGCUUCGCCCCCAACCAGACCCGCGAGCUGGAGGAGCGGGUCAUGGAGCUGCACCGCAACUAUCGGGGCAUGAUACCUGCUGAAGCUGAAAUCAACUUCCUGGAGAACGCUAAGAAGCUGUCCAUGUAUGGGGUAGACCUGCACCAUGCCAAGGACUCCGAAGGCAUCGACAUCAUGCUGGGAGUGUGUGCCAACGGGCUGCUCAUUUACCGCGAUCGCCUGCGGAUCAACCGUUUUGCCUGGCCCAAGAUCCUGAAGAUCUCCUACAAGAGGAGCAACUUCUACAUCAAGAUCCGGCCAGGCGAGUACGAACAGUUUGAGAGCACCAUUGGCUUCAAGCUGCCAAACCACCGAGCUGCCAAGCGCUUGUGGAAGGUCUGCAUCGAGCACCACACCUUCUUCAGGUUGGUGUCCCCCGAGCCCCCUCCCAAGGGUUUCCUGGUGAUGGGCUCCAAGUUCCGCUACAGUGGGCGGACGCAGGCACAGACCCGGCAGGCCAGUGCCUUAAUUGACCGCCCAGCGCCUCACUUCGAGCGCUCGGCGAGCAAGAGGUACCUGCUGUCGCGCAGCAUGGACGGAGAUUUCCUCUGCCCAGCCUCCGCCCUCGACGAGAACCACGACGGCGUGUCUCAGCGCAGCGCCAGUGAGCGCCAGCGCCGCCGCUCAGAGGACGAACAGGAGGGCGUCACCACCCCCACCAAGAUCAAGGAGCUGAAGGAGGACGCGGAGUCUCCAGCUGACAAUAAGCAGGAGUCGGAUCAGGAGUCAACCCCUCGCCACAAACAGGAGUUCCUGGACAAGUCCGAGGACAUCCUCCUGAAGCACCAGGCCAGCAUCAACGAGCUGAAGAGGGCCCUGAGGGAGCCCAACAGCAAGCUGGUGCACAGGGAGAAGCGACUGUCGGGCACCUCCCCAGGAGGCACACCAGAGAAGAAGGCUGUGUCAAGAGGAGGAGGGGGGGAGGAGCCUGUGAUCAGCCCUGGUCUGGAAGGCUUCAUCCAGAAGACUGUGAUGUCAUCUCCAGAGGGCUCUGAGGAGUGGGUAUUAAUUGAAAAACAAGCAACUAGCCAACAGGACCUGAGCAUUGAAUUGAAACAGGAGAACGACAUUACUAGUAUCUCACCACAAGAGGCAGGUCAUUACUUCCUGUGUGAACGAAUAGAGGAACCCAAAAGUGCAAGAGAUGAUCAGGAAAUGAAGCACGACCAGAGAGAGAAUGGAGAGGAGCCUCAAGAAGACAAAACUGUUCCUUCAAACGAAGAAUCUGGUGAAACCAAGCCAGACAGUCCUGAGACAAACAAAGACUAUGACCAACUUGUCAUCACUAUGGAUUCUCAGCUCCAAGCUCCAGCUAAUGACCCAGAACCAGUGGAGGACAAAUUGCACGAUAAUGACUUGGUUCAGGCAAGAAACUCUGAAGGCACCAUCACGUACAACAGAAGCGAGCAGACUAGAAUCUGUCGUGAAAAGAGACCCCGGAGCCUCAACUUGGGCAGGCCAUCAGAGUUUGUGUACGAGAGAGAAGUCAAGCUGAAUGAUGGGGAACAACAGCACAAAGACUCUGACAGUGACAGCAGUCCGUUAGCCAAGACAGAUCAAGACUUAGAAGAAAAACCUCAGGAUGUUGCAUCGGACAAACAACAGAGUGGGACUGUGUCUGCAGAACUGUACUUGCAGAUGGAUGAAAUAGAGAAGCUCACAGAGACUAAGACUAGUAGUCCUCAGAAAUCCAAAGACCUGCAACCUAAGGUGAAAAAUCAGCUUGCAGGUUCGGAUUCGGAACAUGUUGGUCACCUGGAAGAGAAAGAGGCUGAACCAGCUUUCCGUCAAAGUGAGGAGGAUGCAACUGGGAAGACUCGGAACACAGAAGCUGAUGAGAAAGUGAAGACACAUUAUACUACGGGAGUCAUGGAGAAGGAUGAUCAAAGCACAGCUCAGAGUGCAGAAACGGAGAGAACUCCACCGGAACGUGAAAAGGAGAAAGAAGCACCUUCUUCACUGGAGAUGAAUGUUUCUAAAGACACAGAGAAGCUCUGUGAUUGGGAGAAUAGUCCAGAGGUCAGACAUGUGAAAGAUGAAUCGGAUAGUAGUGCAAGCUGUUUAAAGAGCUCUGUAGGAGCAACAGAGGAGAAAGAGGUCCUAGCUCCAAUUAUGUUGCAACAAGAGGACGGUGGACAAGAAGAAACACCUGGAGAUGAAAAAGAGGAUGAGAAUUCAUGGCAUGUUCCACCACCUGAAAGCAAGGAGAUGUAUUCAGUAGAGGAGGAAGAAGAGGAUUCUGGGCUCCCUGGUGAAGAGAAGAGUGAGUCUGUAAUGGAGUUGUCAGAAAAAGAUGUUUCUUCAGAAGGAAGAAAAGAAAGAGGGAGAAUCCUCGUAGAGGAAGGAGAUGAGAUGAGAUCAUCAGAGACCUCUGAGAGUAAUGUUCUGAGUCCAGAGCAAUCAGAGAAAGAGGAGCCUGAAAGUAGUGAGGAGCAGAUUGCUUGGAAGAAAUCUGAGGUGAGCAAAGGGAUCCCAGCAGAUGAAGCUAAAGAAGGGUCUUGUGAUGAAGGAGUUGAAGAAAGAAUCCCUGAACUGCCAGUGCCUGAACCUAAAACAAUAGAAUUGUCUGAGGAAAAACAAGAAACACAAAACGAUACAACCAAACAGCAUGUGAUCCAGCAAGAGAAUGGAGACAUAGGUACAGAAGACCUAAGGGAUAUCAGAGAAAAGAUUCAAGCAGAGCCCUACUCUGAUGCCACAAGGAUGGGAUAUGAGUCUUCCAGUUCUCGUGAAUUGGGUCCGAAUCUCUGUCUUGCACAACCAGUUGACAGCCAACACACGGAGCUUCCUGACCCCUCUGAGCAACAAACCCAUUGCUCAGAGGAGUCGGAGGAUGAGAAGCGAUUGCAGAAGGAAUUGGAGAAGGAAGUGAAGGAGCAUGAGAGAGAGAAGACCCGCAGCAAAGAGCGAGAUCCGUCCAAGGCCUGGGAAGAGCCUGCAGUGCCCCGUCUGCCCUGCACAAAGACCCUUGUGACCCACAAAAACGCUCCCCCCGUGCCUCCCGUUAAAACCCAGAAGGCUCGAGAGUCUGGACUCAUCCUCCGAAACAGCCGGAUUGCCUCCAAGGACCCCAGCCUGGAAAUGGCCAAGAAAAAACACGCGGAGCCCCUCUCCACUCCCGCCAUUCACGAAGAGCCGCUUGACGAAUCUCAGCCUCCUGUGGCCAAGAAAGAUCCCAGUGCUGUGAGUGUUGCACAGUCACUCAAAAAAACAGACUCCAAAACUGACAUGUCACCCAAUGGAGCCCCUGUCACCUCAGAGACUAAGACCAUAGUUGUGGAAACAUCGGAGCAGCAGGUGGUGAACGAGAGCAGCAGUAAGGAGACAGGAGUUGUAUCUGUCACUGUGGCUGCACAGCCUGCUGAAGCCUCCCCGAGUCACAGUCUGAGCAGUGGGAAGGAGGCACCUCCCAGUCCCCAGGCAACACCCCUGGACACCAGUUCCCCUGUGAAGACCAGCACUUUGGGGAAGGAGGCAGGGAUGUCCCCACACAGCGUCACCACAGAAAACGUUACCUCAGCAACUACCACACAUGUUACCAAGACUGUGAAGGGUGGAUACUCGGAGACCAGGAUCGAGAAGAGAAUCAUCAUCACUGGGGAUGACGAUGUCGACCAAGACCAGGCCCUGGCCCUGGCUAUACAAGAAGCCAAGCAACAGCACCCUGACAUGCUGGUUACCAAGGCAGUGGUUGUCAGGGAAACACAAUCCACUGCUCAAGAGAAACACAGCAAGUCAGAGUCCUGAUCUCUGAACCGCCUGCUCCGGAGCCCGGGCCCCUGCUGGGAAUGGGGACGGGAGGGGACCCUCGCCUGCUACUGCCCGCCAAUGCCUACGAGCCCCCUGGCUGCUUCCCAGUACCAACCUCACUCGCUGGCAACGGAUGAGAGAGAGAGAGAGAAAAACACACCGCACCACACCCCAUCUGCUGCACGGGAGGACGACCAGAACUGCAGACGAGCUCGCGAAAGAAACUGCAAUGAGAGGCCCCGCCGCACGGGGUGCCCCCACUGCUCUUCCCCCCCCUGGACUCACUCCCGCCAGCGCCGCCUGUGAGUGCAACAGCCACCCCUCUGCUGGAGCAUGUUCUUCCUUUCACCUGGGGAUCUUUGCUGCUUCUAGAUACAACCCCCCUGACCCCACCCCAAACCCCGCCUGGACUGACCCACAAAACUAGACUUAGAAAGGUAGUCACAUGCAAACUACACACACCUACAACUAACGCGUUUUAGAAAGUCUUCUGUUCUGCUUUUCAAGUGACGUCGUGUUUUUUUGUUGCACUUUGCCUAGCUUGGUUUGCCAUGGGUAGGCCAAAACACUUGCUGUAUUUGUCAGGCCUGAGGCCUGUGGGAAGGGAGCAGGAGCACAGAGAUCGGACACAGAGUUGCUCGUGGCAACAGGUUUGAGUCCCGUUCACAGGGACUGGAGCUAGCCCUCCUUCGUCCUCCACUCCACUAAAUCAUAAGGGUUUUUGUGAACAGAAGGAACAACAGUUUGGACCAUAAGAGCCCCUGUUUGUUACUGUAUAUUCACUCUUGCAGGAUGGGGGUUAUGUGUUUGUAAUGUGAUAUUAUCGUCAUAUUUGAGCACUUAGGUAAGCCCAGAAUCCUUCAUUUCAGUUCUGUUCUGUAGACAUGUAAGGAAAUGAUUUAUUCUUCCUCAUUGCCCUGUUGACUCAACUCUGCAGGUUCCCAUCCUGUGUUUGUUUAAUGUCCCCUAUCACUAUAUAUCCACAACAGUCAAAUCCACACACACUGUGGCCUGUGCUGCUGUCUCUCAGUCCUCCUCAUGCAUGGGCUUCAGAGUUCGCUGUAGUCAGGGGACAGGAAGAGGAGAUAAGAGAUAUUUCAGUGACUUCUCCCUUCCCUUAGAGUUUUUUCAGACUUCCUCAUUGAUUUCUGUCGUGCUCUGUGCCAAAGUGUUCAGCCAAAUCUGACACAAACACCAUGAAUGGUAUCAUUCUACCCCCAGUUUGUUUAAAACAAGUAGUAUUUAGAACACAGCCCAGCCCCAAACCGCUGUAAACGAGCAAGUCGAGCACUGUUAGAUAAUUCAGUUUUCUUAACAACUUACACUGGAAAAGAUAACUCGUGGGGAAAAAACUAUCCAGUCCAAAAACAGCUUGGAUGGCUUCAGUGCUGGUUUGUAAAUUAAUUUAAGCCAAACGACUUUUUAAAAAAUCCAGACGCUGGCUUAGAAUACAGGACUGUUUCCCACUGGGGAAACACAUUAGCAUCGUGAAUAGAGGCAGAACUAGUUCAGCAUCCUUGAGACCCGUGCAAAGACAUGCAAUUCCGUGGAACAUGUGCGGCUGUGCUUCCACGCUGCCCGAGAGGGGCGGGAAGGAGGAGCAGAGAAGCAGCAGAGACGGGAGAAGCAGGAAUCGAGGAGCUCCUCCGCUGUGGCAAGGCCCGAUGGGAAGGUGCGUGUGUGCAGAUGGACCUCGACCAGCCGGGCAGGGGCUCCAUCGCCACCGUAGGCUCAGGGGCCUGUGCUCCCAUACCAACAAGACACAAGGGCAGAAAAUCUUUUUCUUGUACGUCGGUUGUCAUUUUGGUACUUUUGGGUUUUGCCUCCUUUUUUUUUUUAAAGUUCCAAUUAAAGAAAACGGGCUUGGUUCCACAAACCAAUUUUAGUUUCCUACCCCUUCCCCAUGCCUGCCUUCAAAUGUCGCCUCCAUCCCCAUCGCUAUGGUUGAAAAGCUAAUGAAUCCUGAUGUAGGCUCAUUACGGAUUGGACAUAGACAGUAAAUUGGUUUUAAUAUAUGAAUUCUAUUAAGUAAUAUUGAAAUGUGAGGAGAUCUUUUUCUUUUGUUGUUUUUUUUAAUUUAUAAUGUAUGAAUUUGCCUGUGUAUUUAUGAGAAUGGUGAAUGUGGGGCAAGGGUUUUAUCCUCCUGGAACCGAGUGCAUGAUCUCUUGCUGGGUGAGUACAAACACCCCAGAGGGAAGAAAUGCAGCAACGAGAGGUUGAUCCCAGGCAACUUUCUGUCUGCGGAACACAGUAGAGGCAAUGUGAUCUGUAACCGGUUUUCUCUUCCCAGCGGAACUGAGCCAACACGUUGAAGCUGAGCCGUGUCAGUCAAAGAACCCAAGAGUCCCUGCUGUUCAGGAUAGUGCAGUCCAGCCUUUGAGAGCCAUACCCCCACAUCUGAAUCUACCCAAGCAGUAGCCAAGCCCUGACAGCCAGCGAACACACAACGUUCAACACCUAUUAAUGCAAUCCAUCGAUAUAUGUUAUGUACAGCAGGUAUUUCACAGAAUAUAAACAGUAGAUCAAAGUGGCCUCUUAGCGACACUGAUACAGAAAAGCUUACUUGAAGUAUCCGGUUUUCUGCUACAAUCACACUUACAGUGCCAAGGUCUUACAAAAAUAUGAUUUUAGUGUGCUGUGGUUUCACAAUGAAUGCUCUUGGAGGAAAUAAAGAUACAGCUUUGCUGAACCUGUAUUUGUAGCCUUCACAGCUUUACCUGGCAACAUGGCUCGUUGUGGCCCAGUAGUGCAUUUCUGCAGCCCCCUGGAUGCGGUUGCCAUGGUUUCACAUCACCUCGACACCCAGUUUAUCGCCUCCCUUCUUGCACUCGAUUGGGGAUGGGACAAAACCCUCACUGGACCACUAAUGUACUUUUUCAGGAAAAAAAAAUAAUCCAAUCCUGAUCUGUCUUACCUGCUGGUGACUUUUGUUUCUUAAAUAUAUAUAUAUAAAUAUAUUUUUUAAGUUCUUUUUUUGUCAGGUAAUGCUGGAGUUGAUGGUUGUCUGUAAUGUUCAUGGCACUCCGUUCCAAAGUGCAGCUUAAGUCACUGUCAGCAAUGGUCCGGUCCGGCUCAGAGUGCUGGUUAGGACAAGCCUGACUGUACCAAAGCUCUGGGGUUCAGGCUCUCAGAAAUGACUCCAGAACUACUUGAGAGUAUCCCCUGCUUGUGAUGCUGUAGAACUCCAGCGUCCGUCUCAGCGGGUGUAUGGAGUGGGAUGGGGAGGCAGGGAGCUUAAUGAAUCUCAAUGUUUCAGAUGUUUCAGAUGUUGUCCAGAAAGAACAUGACACAGCAAUACCUGUUUACUUGUAUCAUUUAAAUUAAUUUAAACUUAGCAUGGGCUGUUAAUGUCAGUGUUUAAAACAGAUUUCUUGUUAACCAGGCCAAGAGGUUUGGUAUCAACUUGCAGUAGGAUAGUGCUGUAUCUGCUGCUGGAGUCAGACAUGGAUCAUGCCGAUACACGUCUCAUUACAAGUGGGCAGUUUUAAAGAAUACGUGCAGUCUGCCCCACUGGUGCAGCUGAACUCUGAAAACAGCUUGAGGAGUUUGUGCAGCACAGGUACCUGGGGCAGUAUUUUACCACUGUGCAUAGCCUGUCUUUAUGUGGGAACUCGGCUGUGUGAAAAAAUGACUUUAGUUAUAUACACGCAGCAGCACUCAGGAGACUCAGGCAAGUGCAAAGAGGAAUCUGCAGGGGUCAUGCAGACGGAGAGUCCCGUAUCAUUGCUGACAGCGGCCAGGCUCUGUGUGGACAGUUUUGCAUUACUGCAAAGGAGCUCUGUGCACUGCAGAAAACAAAGCACUAGUGGCGUGAGCAUCCCAGUCUACACCCUUGUAGCUCUGUGCACGGCUAGUAGGAGCACCUAUUUACUCUGCUCCCCCAACUCUCACCCACUAAAUACGUUUUUCCCCCCACCCACUCCUGUCACCCCCCCUUUGCUCUACAUUGCCCCCUAGUGCUUGGUGGUGUGUGUUUGCUGUAUUUGCAUUCGGUCCAAGUGAAUUAAAUAAAUACAUAAAUAAAUGUCUCAGUGCAAUUCA